CCCAACCCGGCGCCUGGCAGCCCGGCCGCAGGGAGUGGGGGCUCCGGCAGCCCGGAGCGCGGUGACACGAGGGAGAGCUGCAUGCACGGGCAGCGAGGCACCCGGCAAAUGGAAAGGAAGAUCUUAGCGGCGGGGUAGAGCCUGGACAGCUGGGCAGAGAGCUCAUGGAGAGAGCGCGCUCGGCAGUGUAAACUUCAGGAUGGCCGCCCAGUCGAGCUUGUACAAAGAGGACAGAAACUUGCUGCGUAUUAGAGAGAAAGAGAGGCGGAAUCAGGAGGCUCUGCAGGAGAAAGACAAGUUCCCUGCGAAGAUUCCCCUCUUUGCAGAACCCUACAAGACUAAUAAAGAAGAUGAGUUGUCAAGCCGAAUUCAGAACAUGCUGGGCAAUUAUGAGGAAGUUAAGGAGUUCAUCAGCAACAAAGCCCAUCAGAAUCUCAUAGGGAUUCCAAAAAAUGUUGCUCCUCUGAUCCCACACGGAAAGCCAGAUCGCCCAUGCUUACCUGAAAAGACCAGCCAUAUGUUACCAUCUUCAUUCCACCUCACAAGCUGCCAUCCACCCAUGGGACCUACAGUUGUAGUUCCUCCCCCUCCAGGCCACUCCAUUCACUACCAAAAGGCACAAUCAAGAACAGAACCAGCUUCAGAUUUGCAUGCUAGGAGUCACAGCUUACCCAACAAUAGGAGCCAAGGUGAAGAACACAAUCAUGGUGGCCAGGAAAAUCACACAGCUUUUCCCCACAAGAGAAAUGACAAGUGUGCAGUUGGUGAAGGUCGUGGUAAUGAACUGCAGGCUUCCUUUUUGGCUCUUUCUCCGUUGCUGCCAUCUUUGUCUUCUCCAGUGGCACCCCUGUCACCUGUACAUUCCAGCCAACACACCAAUUCCAGGUCAAAGAAUAGCAGCAAAUGUCAUAGGCCAACCUAUAGUCAAACAAAAUUGUCUCAGGACCUAGUGGCAGGAUCACUGGAGAAGGAAACUGGGGACAGCUCAGCCAUUAAUCUGACCAUUAACCUGACCAGCACUACUCAGCCUUCCUCUCAGACUUUCCCUCCACCUUUGCCAUCAAAAAGCAGUGCAAUGCAGCAGAAACCAACUGCCUAUGUAAGACCAAUGGAUGGCCAAGAUCAGGCACAGGUUGAAUCCCCGGAGCUCAAACCUCUUCUGGAGGAAUACCAUAGAGAACCCUGUGAAAAAAUCUCAGAUUUGAAGAUGAAUGCCAAAGCCAAACUGUCUAAAUUGGAAAUCCCUUCUGAGCCUAUAGAGCAAACCUUCCCCAGUGAUGUCCGCUCCAUUGAAGAGAUUUUGAAGGAAAUGACCCACUCAUGGCCACCUCCCCUGACAGCUAUUCAUACACCUAAUACAGCAGAGCCUUCCAAAUUUCCAUUUCCAACAAAGGAAUCACAGUAUGUUGGAUCUGUAGCACACACUCAAAAACAAUAUGAUGCACCUUCAAAAACAUUGCCUGGUUUUCAGCCAAGAACAUCAAUGCUCCAGGACGACCUGCAGCUCAGUGAUAGUGAAGAGAGUGGUGACGACCAAGUUGUUGAAAAGACAGCUUCUUCACUUGGUCUUCCAAGCGACCUACAGUCCCAGAGUGUGGGAUCAGCACAUUCCAGCAGCCCGGAGUCAGGGAGCACCAGUGACUCAGACAGCUCUUCAGACUCAGAGACAGAGAGCAACUCCAGUGACAGUGAAGAAAACAACCCUCUGAGAGCAUCAGCACCUGAGCCUGAUCCACCAACUUCUAAUAAGUGGCAGCUUGACAACUGGCUGACCAAGGUGAACCCACCAGCAGUACCAACAGAGAGUCUCAGUGAAAUUGCCCACGGGGAUGGAUGUGAGGAGGGCAAGGAGGAGGGACAGGAUGUCAGCAGCAAUUUCUCCCAGUAUGCUGAGCUGAGGGAGCCUCAUCACAAGAGCUCCAUCCGAGCAGCCAGGGCUCCUCAGGAUGCUCAUCUUCCAACCAAAUGCAGCUGCCAGAGGUCUCCUGUCCACACUAACGAGCCCUUGCCCAGGCAUACCGUGGCCAUCAAACGGCCUGGCAAGGCUACAGUGCACAAGGGCUCUAAGGGAGGCCUGAAGGUAGAGACUGACCCUGAUCCUUUCCAGGUCAGAGACAAGUCUUCAAGAGACAAGCCAAAAGUCAAAACGAAAGGGAAGCCCAAACGCAGUGACAGAAAAGACCCGAAACCAGCGCUGCAGGAGCCCCCUGAGAGCAGAAAGCACAAGAGCUCCCACCAGGCUGUCGCCAAACCUUUGUUGAACCCCAAACUCAUGAGAGAUGGUGCCCAGGAGCAUCUUGCUCUCAGUCCCCUUUCUCAAGGCCAGGGUACACCCCCCACCAGGAGCAGCAGCCCCAGGACCACUGUAGCAGCCAGAGAGGAUCUUCACAAGGAGAAGCUUCCCUUGCCUCGCUGGGAGAAGUUGCUCUCACCAGCGAGGGACACCCCUUCCCCUCUGUCCCUCAUGGUGAAAAUAGAUCUCCCUCUCCUGUCAAGAGUCCCCCAACCCCCUGGGAAAGGCAGUCACCAGAAGAGAGCAGAGGCCAAGAAACUCUCCAGUGCAAGGAAGCAAGACUUGGAGAGGAAAACUGCAGACACUACUGACAAGUCCAUGCAGAAGAGGAAGAGGGAAGUGGAGAAGGAAAUUGAUGGGAAGAAAAUUAAAUCAGAAAAAGAAACAAAAUCAGUGAAGUCCUCAGCUAAAAAAGACUCCAAGAAAUUGAAAGCAUCAAAAGCUUCACUUGAAACCUGGAAGAAAGAUCUGCUUCCCCCACCACUGCCACCCAUCUUUCCUGCACCAAAGUCAAGCAAGAUGGCCCAGAAGAGACCUAGAAGUGAGAACAAUGAGCUCUCUGCCAUGAAUAACACUGCCAAGAACAAGAGCAACCACAAGGAUCCUUUGUUCUCUAAACACAAGAAGGUGGAAAGAAAUCACACGGAACUGUCAAAGGGCAUCAAAGGAUCUGCAGGGGAUGCCACAAAUCCUUUCCCAGUGCCUUCUUUGCCAAAUGGUACCUCCAAGCCAAGGAGACCUCCACUCAAGAUUGAAAAACAGCAUCCAAUCGAAUACUACAUAGAAGAGGCCAAGAGGCUGAAGCACAAAGCUGAUGCAAUGACUGACAAGACUGGAAAGGCUUUUCAGUACCUGGAUGCUGCCCUUUCUUUCAUUGAAUAUGGAUUUGCCUUGGAAUCGGAUGCACCAGCACCAAAAUCAGCAUUCAGCAUCUUCAGCGACACCAUAGAUCUCAUAAAAUUCAUCAUGACAUUGAAAUCCUUCAUGGAUGCCUCAGCAUCUUCACAUGAAAAAACCUUUGCUGUGUUGUGCAUGCGCUGCCAGGCUCUUCUGCAUGUGGCAAUGUUUCGUUACAAAAAAGACACUGCAAUAAAGUAUUCCAGGCUGCUGAAUGACCACUUCAAGGGUUCUUCCAGAGGAACACAAGCACCUUCUCCAUGUGUGGCAAGAAGCACAGGCAUGCCUUCUCCUCUUUCUCCAAUGCCCUCUCCUGCCAGUUCUGUGAGUUCUCAGCUGGGGUCAAAUGCUAGCAACUCCAGUGGCAACAGCACUGGCUCUUCAGUCGCUGUCCCCUGUAAUAUCCUAAACAUGACCUCUUCCUACGUCAACAUCACUUCGUAUAUCCUCUAUGCACAUGAUAUUUGGGAACAGGCUGAUGCACUGGCCAGGAAGAAUAAGGAGUUUUUUGCUGAACUCAGCACAGCGACGUGCACUCUGGCACUGAACAGUAGCAUGGCUGAACUGGUACACUACACUAGACAGGGUUUACAGUGGCUGAGACUGGAAACAAACACGCCUUAACUGGUGCUCAAGGUGGUUAAUUACCUUGAACUUUUUUUUUUUUUUUUUUUGCACUUUUGAAGCCUCAGAAACAGUCUGACAUAUGUUGAAUCUUUGGAUACAAAGCACCUGCAAGGGAAAAUAAAGCAAGGUGGAAGGAAAAACUGGUUACACUGGAAAAACUUUGAUCUAUAUUUUUAGGGUAGCACUUUGCUGCCUUGAAAAAGAAGAGAAUGGAGGAAAGCCUCAGCGUUGAUGGCCCCUUCCUUUAAAUGAUGAAGUGCAAUGAAUUGUCUGAAUGGCUCAAUGUAUUGAUGGUCUGUAAACAUUUCUAUUAUGAAUAACCAGCAGGACAAUAAUCACACACGAAGAAGUGCCGACAAGUAGGGAAUCUGCCUCCAGAGGUUAUUAUGCAACAGUCUGCAACAGUUUUGUGCCCUGAAGAUGUGUCAGAGGAUUGUUUUUGCAAGCAUGGAUGCAAUCUUUGAUGUCUUUGUUCCUCAGAUGGCAAGUAGCAACCUCAUCAGCACGAAACAGCAUUAUGUUACAAUAAAAACAGCAAAGUGGUCUGUCUUGCCUGCUUCCCAGCCUCACCUGCAUGCAUUUUUCAGCCAGCUGCUGUCCUGAUAAUCAGAGGAAGCCACUGCCUUCAAUGCUGCAAGUUUACUUUUUAAGUCAUGGCUGAUUUGGUCCUCCUCCUUGCCAUGCACUCAUGCACAAACAUGCCCUUAGCACUCUCACUAUGUUACUUAGGGUCUUGCUCAGUUUAAGCCUUGGAAGCUCAACACAGCUGGGGUGGCAGAAUGACCAAGUGUGGUUGGAAACAGCUCUGUCUCCUCUCUGCAGUGGAGGGAUGUCACUUACACUGAGGACUUCUUGCCAUUUAGGUUGGUGAAGGUGGACAGCUUUACCUGUGUCACUGUGGUGGCUUGGACAUCAUUCUGAGUCUGAGAGCUUGCACAGGGAGCGUUUGCUUCUGUUUAAGAAGGGGACUGAGUGACUAAAAGUGGAACCUAAGACAAAUUUUGUGUUUGGAUAUUUGCCUGCAACUGUUGCUAGUCUUGGUGAAUAUCAAAGAGAAGAAUUUGGUACCAAAGUAGGGCAUCUCUCAUGUGGGAGGUAACUCAACCAAACUAAAAGGUAGGCCUAGACUUAGAAAUCUGUCAAGGGAACAUGAAAGGGAAUUAUUUGCAAGCCUUUUUUCCUUCUCAGGUGCUGCAUUUUUGAAAUUGCAAUUUUGCACGUGACAGUAGCAGUGAAAGCAGCAUCCAUGACGUGUGUGUGUGCAGCAAGAUGACAUCCUUCUCUACCCAAAGAUUUCGUGCUUAGUGUCCUGCUGCUACAUCCUACAUCCCUGCUUCCAUAUCUAAUAGUGUGCCUUAGCCCUCUGGUCCUCUCUCAUAUCCUUUGCCCUGUCUCUGACAGACCCCUGAGAGUGGAAAAAAAGAAGGAUGGGAUCGCAGAAUAAUUGUGUAGACAGGAAGGAGCUCCCUUUCCACAGAAUUUCAGGAUAGAGGAGCAGGUCUGUAUGCUUGCAGCAGCACCCCCUUUAUAAAACACCUGCUUGUGAUUUUGAGGUUCAAACAAAUGGACAGUAAAUUAAUGUCAGCAAAAGGUCUGCAUUUCCAAAAGCAGUUUCUGUAGAAAUGGCCCCUACCAGAGGGAAGCCCAGAGUCAUCUGAGCUCUCGAAGGAGCUGCUGGGAGUUUGCUGCAGGUCUGCCCCUAAUCCCAAGCACAAGGGAGCUUUCCUCUCACCUCUUCUUGCAGCUCAGGGCCUCCAGUCCUGACUGGAUCUUCCUUCAUCUUCAAAGGACUGUCCUUUUCUGUUCACUUUAAUAAAAGCCUUAGUGUAUUUCAGGGAUAAGGUGUCCUAACCAGAUCCAUGUCCUCCUCUCCUGUUUCACCUCUCAAACUUCACUUUCAUUCCUCCUUGGAGGAGCAACUGCUCUGAGUAAGCCAGGAGCAGAGAGAGACUCAGCAUUAACUUUUUUGUUCUCAGGAAGCACAGGGAUGGCCAGCUGGCCUGAAGGCCUGAUGUGGACUUUGGAGCUCAAUUCCAGACUGGUGGGUUCAUGCCUUCUUCUGAUUUAGUCUUUAGAGCAAGCUAGUUUUAGGAUCAGCAGCUGAAGAGGAGGAAGGAGGGAAGAAAGCUUUAUUUAACCUGAAAACCACUGUGAGAGCCUGCAAGGACCCUAGCAGAAUCUUAGGGGUAACAAUACAGUGAAACAAGGACACGGGUCCCCCGUACUUUAUUUUCACUCGCAUCCUCUAUCUCCCUCCCUGCUGCCAGGCCUAGUUCCCAUCAGAAAGCUGCUUGCUCACAGCUUGCCCACACCAGGGACACUGCCUGCUGCAACCCUUGAGGCAGGGGAUGCAUCUGCCCCCAUCCUGCAUCCAGCUCACUGUCACCCAUGGGUGCACCUUCCUUGCCCUUUGGCCACUUUGCUGCCCAGAUAGCAGUAAUCUCUACUGCUCUGCUCCGAGGAAACCUGCCAGCAAGGGGGCUGGGUGAGCAAAGUAGGAAGCUGUGUUUUGUUUCAGGUCAUGGAGAAGACUUCAAAUUCUAACAACUUUUUCAAAAGCCAUCACAUUUCAACCUUGAGCCAGGUCAGAGGCCUGCAGAAGGUUGGGAAAGAUGCUCAUCCUUUUCCUGUUCAGGCCUUUUAAAACAAAGAAAGAAACAAAACCCACAAAAAACCCCACCAACAAUGACAACAUCAUCAUCAACAAAAUGA